AUGAGAAAGACUAACUUUGUGAGCAAUAGUGAUCGGAUAUUGCUGAACUCGGUGGCGUACGGGAGCGCGGCGGAUCCGACGCAGACGUGCUCGUUGUCGAGCGACGUGUACGACCCGAGCGGGUGCGAUUACGUGCCGGAGUGGGUCGUCCGGGCGGGACCGAGGGCGGAGGUUUAUUUCGAUCCAGAGGAAGUGCACGCGGCGGUGGUGACGUGCGGAGGAUUGUGCCCGGGAAUCAAUGACGUCAUUCGAUCGCUCGUGAACACCCUGGAGGUUGGCUACGGGGUGAAGAAGAUUAGCGGCGUGCGAUACGGAUUUAAAGGGUUCUUCUCCGGCGACGAAUUCAUGCCGUUGAACAGGAAGGUGGUGAGAAACAUUCACAACAUCGGUGGGUCUGCGCUUGGAUCCGGCAGAGGCGGUGGAGACGUGGAGAAAAUCGUGGAAUCUAUCGUAAAUAACGGAAUCAACAUGGUUUUCGUCAUCGGCGGCAACGGCACGCACGCCGGGGCAAACGCGAUAAGUAAUGAAUGCGCCAAGCGAGGGGUCAAGGUCUCCGUAGUGGGCGUCCCGAAGACGAUAGAUAACGAUAUCCUUCUUCUGGAUAAGACUUUUGGGUUCGACACCGCGGUCGAAGAGGCACAGAAAGCGAUUCAAGCCGCGGCCAUUGAGGCGCAGAGCGCCUAUCGCGGCGUCGGCGUGGUGAAGCUCAUGGGACGUCAGAGCGGAUUUAUAGCCAUGUUCGCGACGCUGGCGAACGGACAAGUCGAUUGCUGUUUGAUUCCCGAGAUUAGCUGGGCGGCACACGGCCCGAAUGGCGUGGUCGAGUACGUUCGAAACAUGUUGGACGCUCAAGGUCACGCCGUCGUCGUCCUCGCCGAGGGCGCCGGCCAAGAGUUCGUCUCCGCCGGCGGCACCGACGCCGGCGGUAACCCCAAGCUCGGUGACAUCGGUCAAUGGUUUUGCAAGCAACUCAAAGCCGAGAUCAAGUGCGACGUCAAGUACAUCGAUCCCACGUACAUGGUUCGCGGUUGCGUCGCCAACGCCCACGAUUCCAUCAUGUGCACCGUCCUCGGCCAAAACGCCGUCCACGGCGCCUUCGCCGGUUUCACCGGCAUCUCCGUCGGCUCCGUCAGCGCGCACACCGCGUUUUUACCGAUCCCUCGCAUGAUCGAGCGCGAGCGUUUGGUCGAUCCCGACGGUCGCAUGUGGCACCGCACCCUGGCCAGCACCGGGCAGCCAGACUUCUUCUGA